AUGGAUAACAGCAAUUGGACCACUGCUCAAGAGUUUAUCUUCUCUAUAUUCCCUGUGGACUGGGGAAAUGCUGUUACUUGCUUUGUCCCACUGCUUUUCAUCUAUGCCUUCAUCCUUAUUGGGAACCUGAUCAUCAUUAUGGUUGUCCAGCUAAAUGUUCACCUCCAUACCCCUAUGUAUUUCUUUAUCAGUACUCUCUCUUUCCUGGAGAUCUGGUAUACCACAUCCACUAUCCCCAUCAUGCUGUCAAGCUUACUAAGUGAGAGGAGGAGCAUUUCUUUAGAUGUUUGUAUGGUGCAAUUGUAUUUCUUCCACUCCACAGGUAUCAGUGAAAUGUGCCUCUUGGUAGCCAUGGCCUUUGAUCGUUAUUUGGCCAUUUGCAAACCCCUUCAUUAUCCAACCAUCAUGACUCCCAAAUUAUGUGUCCAGUUGACUUUGAUCUGCUGUGUCUGUGGCUUCAUCACACCCCUGCCUGAGGUGGUGUGGAUCUCCACACUGCCCUUCUGUGGCUCCAAUCACCUGGAGCAUGUCUUCUGUGACUUCCUCCCACUCCUCCGUCUAGCCUGCACAGACACCCGGGCCAUUGUUCUGAUCCAGGUGGUCGAUGUGGUCCAUGCUGUGGAGAUAGUGGCAGACAUAUUCCUCAUCCUCCUUUCUUAUGCUGGCAUUGUAGCAGUGGUCCUGCGCAUCCGUUCUGCAGAGGGUCGACGUAAAGCCUUUUCUACUUGUGCCUCUCACCUGACGGUCGUUUCACUGUUCUUUAGUACAGUGGGGCUCACAUAUCUCCGUUUCUCUGAUACUCACUCCUUAAUCUGGGACACAGCCAUUGCUUUGUCAUUCACAGUUUUGUGCCCAUUUUUCAACCCCAUUAUCUAUAGUUUGAGGAACAAAGAGAUUAAGGAAGCCAUAAAAAAGUACAUGAGCCAGUCAAGGAUCUUUUUGCACAAUAGUUGA